AUGAAGAUCAAUUAAAAAUCGCGAUGUUACUUUCCACAGAUUGUUCGUCUUCUCCUGAAAUAAAAAGCAAAUAUUUUACGACCGAAAGUGCUUUUUCCAGUAAGCAAAAUGUAUUGACACUCGAGGAAAGACGUCUAAAGAAGAAGCGGAUGCUUGCGUUAACACCUAAAAAAACUAUUGAUACAAAUUCAUCCUUGUCGGAUUCAGUACAAAAUCAACUUAGUAAUAAUAGUAAUAAGGUAGUGCCAACAAUUACUAUGAUUGAUUCAGAUAAUGAAGAAAACACAACACAAAAUGUUCCCGAGCAAAUUGACGUGAACAAAGUGUCCAACACAAACAGCUUUGACUUUCAGCUUAUGAAAUUGGAUUCAUUUAGUUCUGAUAAUUCGUUCAGUUCGGAUUAUUCUUAUGAAAAUAACAAUCUGCAAUCUAUUCAGCAAACAUCGGUUAACAAAAAUAACAUUUUGCCAACUAGCAAAAAACCAUCAACAAAGUCAAAUCGUCGUGCUAAGGAUGAUCUUUCACAGCCUUGCCUGUGUGUUAUAUGUGGUAAAGAUCUUACAGGUUUUAAUAUUGUUACGCGGGAAACACAUUUAAAUAGGUGUCUUGACGAUAUUGAAAAGCAAGAGAAUGAAAAGCAAAAAGGGAUUAGGACAAAUCAGCAUAAGCAAGUAAAAAAACCUAUUUCAUCUUCGGGUGAUAGAAUGUUUAUUGAUAAUGAUUGCUCGUGGUUCUCUCUUGUUACAAGUUGCCCAUGUUGUUUAAAAAGUUUUCCGGGUAAAAGCAAGACUGCGAAAAGUAAAAUCACGCAUAUGAAAAGAUGUGGCAAUAAGCAAAAAUUUUCUGCAACAAAAAUACUUUCUUUAUUGAAAGAGAUGAAACAAAAACUAGUUACUACAUUUGUACCUGUUAUGGCAGAGAAUUCUGCGGUACGUGUUAAAGACACACAAUUAACAGAUUAUUUUACCUCGGUGCCAAAAAAAGAGGACCUCGUUGCAACAAAACCAACAGCGAUUGUUUCACAAACAUAUUCAGUUUCAGCACUCGAGGGAACAGAUCAGGAUGAUGAUUUCAAAAGUAAUGUUAUUAUUACGUCGAUUUCAACAGUUGAGACAAUCGGAAAAAGGAAAUUCAGAGAAGACACCGAUGAUGACUUUAGAGUUGCAAAAGUUUUGUCAAAAUCCAUGAUGCCUCAAUAUAUAAAUCAAAAAAAGAAAUUUGUGUAUGAUCUUGACACUACACCGAUUCUUGCACCGGCUGAAAAAAAUGAGAAUGGAAAUGGUAUUGCUCGAAAGAAAUCGACGUCUUUGUGGGAAAUACAAGCAAUUGGCGGACCUGAUAGUCAAUUGUUAGAUGAUGAUUAUAUGACUGAUAUGUUAAAAGAAUGGGUCUUCAAAUAUGAGGCGAGCAUUUUAUAA